AAACUUCCUAAUUGUUAACGAAUUUGGGUAUACGACAUGCAUAUAUAUAAAGCUCGGGGCUAAAUUUAUAAACCACGAAACAAUUAGGGCCGCAAAAAACUUUUAAAGGUAGAAAUUAGUUUUGUUAUUUAUUUUUCAAUUUAGAUUUACAUAUUAAAUUCCAAAAACAAAUCCUUCAAAAUCAAAAUUCGAAUAUUCCUUUAUAUUUAUUUUCUUCCUUCGUCUCCUUCAAAUUCAAUCUUUCUCCGUCAUUCAGAUUUCGAGGAGACAGAGACAGAGAAAAGGAUUCGUGUAAGGAAAAGCUUUUAAACUUCUCUUUCUAUUUAUCCCUCCUUUCUUCUAUCUCUCUCUCUCUCGAUAUCGAUACAAGAGAGAUGGAGAAAGAAGAAGGAGAAACAACAACAACGAUCGGCGUUGUUCCGGCGGCGCCGGCGAAAUUACCGACUCCGAUAUAUUCUCUGAGCUUUUGGGAGGUCACGGCAGCUUCCGGCGUCGUUUUAGGGUUUAUUUUGGGUCUUGUUUGCGUUUAUCUCACAAUGCCUCAAUCUGAUUACAGCUUUCUCAAGCUACCUCGUAAUCUCGAAGAUCUUCAGAUUCUUAGAGAUAAUCUUGAGAUAUACACAAGUGAUUACACAGUUCAAGUUCUUGUUGGAUAUUGUCUGGUGUACGUUUUUAUGCAGACGUUCAUGAUUCCUGGAACUGUGUUCAUGUCUUUGCUUGCUGGUGCUCUCUUUGGAGUUGUCAAAGGAAUGGCUCUUGUUGUCUCCACUGCAACAGCUGGUGCUUCCUCUUGUUAUUUCCUCUCUAAGCUCAUUGGUAGACCUUUACUCUUCUCGCUUUGGCCUGACAAGCUCGUAUUCUUCCAAGAUCAGGUUGCGAGAAGAAAAGAUCGGUUGCUGAAUUAUAUGCUGUUCUUGAGGCUAACACCAACAUUGCCUAACACUUUCAUUAAUGUUGCUUCUCCAAUUGUUGAUGUUCCUUAUCAUAUCUUCUUCCUAGCUACAUUCAUCGGUCUGAUUCCUGCUGCAUUUGUCACUGUCCGGGCUGGGCUUGCUCUUGGAGAGCUAAAAUCAUUGGGAGAUCUCUAUGACUUCAGCUCCAUGGCGACUCUGUGUCUCAUUGGUGUGCUCUCUGUGACUCCAACCCUAAUUGGCAAGAAACAAGCAUAGAAGAUGAAGAUCAAUACGAUGAUGAUGAUGAAAACAGAGCAUUUCAACAGCCUCUUUGUGUAUAUAUCAUGUAGAAUGUUAAGAACUUAAGAUCAAUCAAUCAUAAAACUCUGUUCUCUACUUGUUUUCUUUACUCGGAGAAAUGUACUCGAAUGCACAUCUCAAACAGGUUUCAUGGGCCUUGGCAUUAAGUUUAUGGGCCUAACAAAAAAAAUAUCCAUAAAAGUAGUCAGAACCUGAAUUUUCUUUGCUUGGGUUUCGAUUUUAGUGAGAGUAAUGACUAAUGAGACUAGAUUUUUGGUGUGUGAUUCUUUUUUAAAAUCCAUAUACAUACACGAAUGUAUUUGGUGUGUGUUGUUUAAUUUGUUUAUAUACAUGUAUU